CAGACAAAAAAGGAAUCCUGAUCUGGUCAGUGGCUUGGGGUAUAUAAGAACCACAAGCAGCUUCCUCAGUCAUAAGCUCCAGUCUACAGUCACUACCCUACACACUCACACUCUCUCAAGAUGCAGCGACUCGUGAUUCUUGCUGUUGUGGUGGCAGCUGUGUCUGCCAUCCCCGUGGGACGUUUCGCCUAUGUCAGAGAUGACUCGCUUGAACACGGUGUUCGGGACGUGUCGCUGGAGUACGUCAGGCCAGUGAGAUCACAGAACUUAGCCACGUUUAGAGCGCCGUCCAGACGGAUUCCCCUUAACGACUCAGACGAAAACAAAACAGUUCAGUACUUCCUGAGUCAAAAUGCUGUUGCUGGUGGUGCCUUGACUAGGAGUGCUGGAACUCACGACGACCGUGUGAGAGCCCUGGGGCAGAUGCUCAGCACUGGGAUUUAUGAUGUCUCAGAGGAAGCUUUGUAUCGUAACCCUGCCCUGAGGGCCGCUAUAGCACAGGGUGAUGGACAGUACCUCAUCAACAACUCCGGGGAACUCUACUACCACCAUUCUCCUGGUGCUGUUCCUGCUUCUGGUGUACAGCCCCAGCAGGCCCAAAACUCAGCAGUCACAGUCGCCAAGAAGAAAUAAAACGAUCCGGAACAUGAAGGUCGGGGAGUAGAAAGAGGCACUCUGUGACAAAAUGCUCACAUGAGCAAUAUCAUCAUAAUAUCAUCAUGACUUAUAUGUAAAAACUUUAUCUCGUGUCGUCUUUAAAGAUGGGGUCUCCUCUCUGAUCCCUAAAGGCACUGUCUUGUCUACCGUUUCUACUUUCAAUCUCACAGAUUUCCUGAAUCAGUCAGCAUCCGACACGCCAGCGUUUAAUUAAAGCGUUUAAGAGUCGACUACACUACAAUACACUGAAGGAGAGACUUGAAAUCAGGCGAACUACUGUUUAAAUGUGACAUUUUUAUGUAAUCGUUGCCUUGGAUAAGCCACUGAGUUAAUCAUUGUAUAAUUAAAAUCCGUGUCAGGUAUGAUUUUCCGCUGACAGCAGUUGCACAAGAACCUGCAGUGAGCAGUGUGGAGGCACCGAGAGUGAUGCUCUAGAUACGGUCUGAGGUUACAAGCUAAGGCCACAAGGUUCAAUCAUUGUUGGUGCCAUGAACCUACAUCCAAUGGUAUAUUAUCUGUCUUACGUACACCCAACAGCGAGAACGCCAGGCGAUACUCUAGCCAGGUGCUGGAGGCACUAACACGCCGCGAGCGAUAGCUAGAAGCGCCACUAACAGCGCUGCACCAGUAACCAGUCUUCCGUGAGAGACUCACACUCGGACGCACCUUCACCAGGCUCACCACUACCAGUGUUUACUAAUAGUAGCCGCACCAGCGACGUGGUUACCCUCCAGGAGAGGAUCACACAGAGAGUCACAGCACUCUGGGCUUCAUGCUAGUAAACCUCACAAACCAAGUGAAAUUUUUCCCUUCAGUUUUGAUUUAAACUUGAUAUAUCUUCAAAGCAUGAAUGAUAGACAGCAAAGUGAGACGUAGUAAGUCAAAGACUCAGAGGAAACGUAUUGAUUAAAGCGAGGUUUCGCUCAUUGAGACCUUCAUCAGGUUAUGAUAUGAUAAAGGUUGAGGUGUGUAAAGUGUCGUUCUAAUCCUUACUCUGUCCCCGUCGCAUAAUUUACUACAUCUCUUUCAUUUAUUUUAUGUGUAUAAGAAAUGUUCUUAAGACAUGACACAAGAUGUGUAAAUUGUCUUGCCAAUAAAAUUAAUUUUGUACACAA